GGUGAUUGGUUGGGCUGUAGAAAGUGACUUUAGCUUUAAUUUUCAUCUACAACCUUAAAUACUACCAAUCAUGCUUUAUCUUGGUUUUUAAAGCUACAACCAAAAAAUUAAAACUACAGCAAAAACACACAAAAAAUGGCUGUAAACAUCUUAUUUUCUAAAGCCCCAUUUUUUUAGCUGUAGAAAAUUUUAAAGCUACAUCAUUUAAAGCUAAAUCAAAAAUCCUACAGACAAAAUAUUAAAGUAAAUUUUCUACAAUUACAACCCAACCAAUCACCCCCAAUAUCUUUAAAUAGCAUAUUACUUGGUCAAUAUCUGAUAAUAUGGUUAGUUUCCGAUAUAUCCGUCGAUCACAAAGAUUUUCUACAUCUCCCAACACUUUUUGUAUAAAUAGUAGUGAAAAGAGAAACACAAACAUUGUCACUUCACCAUUCCCUCAUGGCAUAUUCUAUCAUCUUGCAGAAAAAUUCAAACUCAAACAACAAUGACGACUACCAACGAACCAGAGUUUGCCACGGCUGUGGCGGUUGCGACAAAGAACAGAACGUUCAAGAAGUUCUCAUUCAGAGGGUUCAACGUCGAAGCUCUUCUCAAAAUGUCCACAUAUGAUCUCUCUAAGCUUUUCAACGCUCGUGUGAGAAGGAGAUUCUAUAGAGGGCUAAAGAAGAAGCCUCUGAUUCUGAUCAAGAAGCUACGCAAGGCGAAGAAAGAAGCAAAGGAUGAGAAGCCUGAACUGGUGAAGACGCAUCUAAGGAACAUGAUCAUUGUCCCUGAGAUGAUUGGAAGUGUUGUUGGAGUGCACAACGGUAAGAAGUUUAACGAGGUUGUGAUUAAACCUGAGAUGAUUGGUCAUUAUCUUGCUGAGUUUUCGAUGACUUGUAAGAAAGUUGAUCACUAUAGACCACGUAUCUGUGGUUGUGGUUGUUACCGUAAUUCCACCAGGUUUAUUCCUCUGAGGUGAUUGAAGAGGAAGCUCUUUUAUAUUGUUAAGUUUCUUGUUGUCAGUGAUUUGGUAUUUUGUGUGUUGAUGUCUUAUCUUCUUUAGAAUGUUCCUUCACCUUCUAAUAAAACUCAAAACUUUUAUAAUUGCAACAUCAAGUAAUGUUUGUAGUCUUGUAGCAGACGACGAGUCAUAUUAUGACUUUAAUCCUUUCUUAUAAGAGCAUGCCAUUCCUAAGAACCCUACCUGAAGUAUCUCAACCCUUUAAUAUUGAUAUUUUAAUUUCAUCCUAGUUUUAAGUUGGUGUUCGUUUAGUGCGGUUAAUUAACUACUUAGGUUCUCAUCAACUUGAUUACAUAUAUGUAAAAAUUGUUUGAAUGAUCGAGCAAAUGAUUAUAUCAAUGUUCAAGAAUUUGAUGGUGAUUAAGCUCAUUAUAGAAGAUCUUUUUUAAUCUUUCAAUCAAUAUAUAUCGUUUUGUUCAUACUCGAUUC